GCCGCCCGAGCCGCCGCCGAGGCGAGCCGGUCGCCGCGCGAACGUUACUCCGCGACUCGACGGGCCCCGAUCCGCUGCUGGAUUAAAACCGUCGACGAACGUCGCUCGGGAUAAACUCGAUGGACAUUGCGCCGAUCAGUAGGAUUAACUACCCCUGAGGCAGGGGAUGAUUUUCCCGGAGUCAUCGAAAGCUGCACCCCAUAAGAACACCAUGGAGCCACUAAAAGACGAUCUUAAGAACCGCCCCCCGUCCAGGACUAACCGGAAAGAAAUAAUUAACUAAUUAAUUAGAGGAAUCGAGAUGGACCGAAGCGAGGAGGGAAUCCCCUCGAGGAGCCUUUCAAGCCCUGCGGGGUUUCCGGAAAUAUAGGGGGGAAAAUAUCAAGAAUAAAGGAGGAAGGAAAAAUAGAAAUAUUGGAAAUGGACAUUGCGGGAUAAUUAAGCAUGGUAGGACGGAGCGGACUGACCUCGGGGUGGAGGAGAUAAAUUAGAUAAGUGCGGGAGGAUCCCAUGUGCUCAUAGAGUGGGGCACUCGUGGCAUUAUUUACCGUGUACGGUGAAUAAUUUUCAUUUCCCGGACCGAGUCGGGGCCGAGUAUCGCCAGGGCGAUCAAUUUUUACCAGGACGAGCCGGAGAGCCCUGCCUUUAUCUCCUGCAAAAGAUAUGUCACCCCCAAGGCGGAGGAAAGCAGAGUUUACUGAUAAGAUUCGAGUGAUCCCCACACGUUGGAUUGACAGCUACGGAUAUUUCUGGCAGAAAUGUAUUGACAAUCAGGAGUUUAUCAGCGGUGCAAAGACAUGCGAGAUGGAACUGGAGAGCUGGUCUUUUUCCUUUAUUUUGGAGAUUCAACAAGCCACAAGGCAGACACGGAUAAGCUGAAGCUCGUUACGUGGAGAGACGUUAUCAACAUGACAUAAAGAAGACAAUCCCCAAGAGGUGGUUUUUAAGACAGAGAUAGUCGUUUCGGAUGACCCAAACGAUUGGGUUCAAUCGUAUGGAGGAAGAAAAUAAUGCAACGGAAAGCAUCUGGAUUGAUAACUUGACAUCUACGGCUUAUGGAAAUUUUAACGAGCCAGUGGUUGGAUUUCCUGGGAAGAAUUCCCCCUACACGGCUACUCAGGCCAUACUACUCGCUGUAUUGCUGGGUACCAUAAUCGUCGGGACUAUAGUUGGUAAUAUUUUGGUCUGCGUAGCGGUAUGCCUCGUAAGGAAAUUACGAAGGCCCUGCAAUUACCUUCUCGUCAGUCUUGCAGUCAGCGAUCUUUGUGUCGCCAUGUUAGUCAUGCCAAUGGCUCUCUUCUACGAGAUUUUGGGAAAUUGGCCAUUCGGGCCAAUCGUUUGCGAUCUGUGGGUUAGCUUCGACGUCCUUAGUUGUACAGCCAGUAUUCUAAAUCUCUGCAUGAUUUCCGUAGAUAGAUAUCACGCCAUCACGAAACCACUAGAGUACGGAGUGAAAAGGACGCCACGACGGAUGAUUAUUUAUGUCGCUCUGGUAUGGUUUGGGGCGGCUUGCAUUAGUUUACCCCCACUCAUUAUACUGGGUAAUGAGCACACGUACUCGGAGACAGGAUCACCUCAUUGCGCGGUGUGUCAGAACUUUGCGUACCAAAUUUACGCAACCCUCGGAAGUUUCUACAUACCUCUGGUGGUCAUGAUCGAGGUGUACUACAAAAUAUUCCUUGCAGCUAGAAAAAUAGUUUUGGAGGAAAAGCGAGCCCGAAGUCACCUGGAGACGCAUUGUUAUCUGGAAGCCGACUUAUCGGAGCAAACUGCGGCCAACGUGCAUCGUUCCACUGCCUCGACCAUACAAGCAGCUCAUUGCGAAUCCUUUACCGAGAAACACCGAUGUUCGAGUUCGUCGACGAUAUGCACCGGAAGAGGAAUGCGAUGCUUUCGCAGCGAGCCCCGAAAAAGCAAUGAAUCCCAGUGCCCGAUGCUGCAGAAGAGCGAGAAGAGCAUAUCGCCUUCGAUCCCAACAGUGACACCAACAACGGGGCCAACGAUAAUCCAGAGGCACCAGAAGAGCACCAGCAGCGCGUCCUAUUCGCCCCAUCAAAAGAGACUCAGAUUCCAGCUGGUGAAGGAAAGAAAGGCCAGCACAACACUGGGCAUCAUCAUGAGUGCAUUCACGAUCUGCUGGCUCCCAUUUUUCGUCCUGGCCCUCGUGAGGCCAUUUCUGCACGACGCAAACGCUAUUCCUCAGUCUCUGUCUAGUCUAUUUCUCUGGCUGGGCUACUGCAACAGCCUCUUGAACCCCAUCAUUUACGCGACGCUUAACAAGGACUUCCGCAAGCCCUUCAGGGAGAUCCUCUACUUCCGGUGUAGCAAUCUGAACCACAUGAUGAGGGAGGAGUACUAUCAGAGUCAAUACGGAGACCCGACGACCAACUAUGUCAUUAAGAUCGGCGAGAUCGAGAACCGAUUGAAUAACCAUAAGGCCGAGUCAAUAGAGACGGUGUCACAUCCGGCUGAUGAGAGUUUUCUGUGAUCUUCGGUGGAACUGGAAAUCGUCCUGGAGGCUCUUCGACCGUCCUGGGAUCCUCCUCUUCGGUAGGCUCGUUUUAACUCUUCGCUGCGAAUGGCGUAGGUACGCGUCCGCCGUUCGGUCCAUUAUCGCUUCCCCGUGCGCGGGAAUCUCGCCCGUACGCCAACGGGGCUUGGCAGUCGGACGGUUAAGGAUCUUCGUAUUGCAGUUUCCUUUCCGUAAGGGUCGACGGGUAUGUCCCA